AUGUCUGCUCCCAACUUACCAAACACGUUACUACUAUCAGCGAUUGAGCGCCUCAAAGAGGCAACUACGAAACUACCUUGGUCAACUCCCGAAGGUUUGAUCAAUGGGCCUGUGUGGCAAAACUUCAGCAUCGACCCGCACAACACCAACGGAGCCAUUUUUGAGGCGAUUGACCAAGCAUAUACUCGAUGCUUUUCCCACUUUCCUGGCGCUAGUGCUGAUCCAAUUGACAACAUCCUUUGUGGUCUACACAGCAUGGAUAUUGUCAUUCGCUUCUUCGAGGAUUGGGCAACUGACAGAUCUACCUCUUGCCCAUCUACAUCACCUACUGGAUGGAUGGACGGUCUAUUGCAGGUAAAUGACAAGGCCAAUGGCUUGGCCUUCCCAAAAGAGUUUGUUAUGUUUCGGCGAUCGUCAUCGCCCCAUAUUACUUUUCUAUUGGCGAGCGGCCUCUUCUUGGCGAGCGCCGCCGCUGCUUCCAAGCGCUUCCUGUCAGACCCUGUCGUUUUAGGGAUCUACUUUGCCUUCGAGCGCUCUCGAACUAUGUCCAUGAUCUACGCAGAUAAAGUCCGCCAGUUGGGACCUCGGAUAUGGCCAGUGAGGUUGAAGAAUGAGGCUGAGGCGCUCUUCCAGAAGGCCAUGGCAUCAAACCAAGCUUACAACCAUAGUCUUGAUCAGCCCGAAGCAUCUGAUUUAGAAAGCCUGGUUUUCCCUUACCACAGAGCGCUAUUUGUUCAUAACAAUAUUCAAAGGGCAGUCGCAACACUUUUGCCACUGACACCGGGUCCUUUGGUCGAAUCUGGGCACUGGAUCUAUGUUUCCAAAGAUGAAGUGGCAACCGUGAAAGAUAUUCUCUUGCGGGCAUAUAGAAGCGAGCUUUUUGCGUAUGAUGCAUUGGGCUCUAGUACCAGCCCUUAUGCCUCGGAUUUAUCUUUUGGAGUCUUAGACAACCCCACGUUCCAUAAUCAAUACAGUGGACUUGGCUGCACAGAUGGCACCGCCUACCAUAUAACAAGCCUCCCAGAGCUGACCCAUAUUUUCCUUGCAAGCAAUCCUCGAGUUCAUGUCUUGAUGAACCUGGAUCCACAACCUCAACUUUAUACUCUUAUUAAACCUCAAGGUUUGUCGCAAACUGUAUUCAAAGAUCAAACUGGGGCCUUGCAUUUCUUUUCAGACAUCUGGGUGCGCCACAAUUCUUAUGGGCAUAUUGAUUGGACACUCUAUCGUCUCGGAAAUGAUGGCUCCCAAGAUUUAAGAUUGUUUGAACUGGUACCCGUGAAACCAAUCACCAAAGUAGAGCAAGCCCCGUAUACGCCGAAUGAUGGGCACUCCCAAAUACUAUCGAAUGCAUGGAAAUACAUUAUGGAUAUAACCAUGGGCUGGAAUAUAUUGCCAUGGCGUACAAACUAUAUUAGUUGGCUUAUCGAGAUUGGUAAAUGCUCGUCUCCAUUGACUGAAAAUGUGUUCUACCGCAGUAACAUAGAGCAAGACGAGGUAACUGCUUUGGCCGAAAAGUGGGGAUGCAAAAGCGCUACAGGUAAUCCACAAUUGCUCCCAUUGCAACACAGUGUACUCGGAAGUAUAUUUCGGGGGUCUCAUCGACUGCUAUCCGUGGGAUUGUCGGAGGUUAUGACUCAUGAGGCAAUCGAACUUGAUUCAUUUGUCAAGAAUCUUGGGGUCUUAUCAGGAAGUCUUGCGAAGCAUAACCUUGAUACUGAUGCUAUCGAGCGGUCAAGCAAAUACGAUCAUCCAAAUGUGCUACCAUUAGAUGCCAUACGAUUGAUCCCGGGAAGUACGCUUGGUUUGGGCAACGCCGAACAUAGACCGACUGAAGCUAUGCACCCAGAUUUCAUGUGGGCUGGAUUAUCUGCACGAGUCCAGAGUGGUAGGGCUCCAAUUGUAUGCAAAGCGUUUAGCAUGGCAGCUCACAAGUUUGCACUUCCCACUAAGGUUCACGGCAAUCUGAGAGCAGCAACGAUACUUGUUUCUCUGGACGGGGAUGCUCUUAUUUCGGAUCCCUUUUAUUUAGACGAUAAUCAAUUUGGUGAUCGUCGCUCGCUCGCGAGAUGGAUGGCUCCUGAAGUCAACAUGACGGAAACCAAAAGUCUGGCCGGCGACGUAUACUCGUUAGGAAUGACUAUACUUGAAGUUAUGACCGGUGCGCCCCCAUACGCCGGAAAACGCGAUGAUGAAGUUUGGGCACUGGUAUCGUCGGGAGCGGAGUACCUGCUCCCCGACAGACCAGACGAUGUGAUGCCCAGGUAUAGAGGAGAUGGCAACAGACUAUGGACGACUCUUUGGCGUUGCUGGUCGUUCCGUCCAAGCGACAGGCCUCUCGCAUCAGAUGUGGUCGAAGUGGAAACACGAGAGGAACCAUAUGAACUAUCAGAUCCGGAGAGCGAAUUAGGUUUUGAGGUCGCUGGUAGCCCUGACCAAUUCUACGACUUCGACGAAGGAAACCCGACCACUAGCCUUCAGAGAACACCAAGCACGGGUACAACAAACUACGAGCAUGCGCGAGACAUUAUCAGGCGUCUUGCACGCCACGGUUGUGAGAAUCUCACGGGCCAUGUGAAUGAGGCCAGUUUCAGCGAGAUGCCGGUAACUGGAGGGGGAUUUGGUAACGUAUUUUGUGGUAAUUUGUUGAGUGGCCUACCGGUUUCGAUUAAAACACCUCGCAUCUGUCUGGAUACCCUCGAUAAUAACCCAACUUUCUUUGAGGAUGUGGCCCGAGAGAUCCAUACGUGGAGUAGAUGCCACCACCCCAAUAUCGUUAAUUUCUUAGGCUUGGCUGUUUUCCGAGGCCAAAUAGGGGCAGUGGCUCCCUGGAUGGAACAUGGAAAACUGACACAUUAUCUCAAGAAGAAACCCAAUUUUAAUCGAUGCAAAGUGUGCACAGAUAUUUGCGAGGGGGUGGCCUACUUACAUGAAAUCGGAAUUAUUCACGGAGAUCUGAAAGGAGAAAACAUAUUCGUCUCGGGCAAAGGCGCCAUUGUUGUCGGCGAUUUUGGAAGCUCGCUCUUGAAUAACCGUAGCUUGACCCUCGCUCGUCCGGAGAAAUCACUCUGCCCCACACUACGUUGGUCGGCCAUUCAGGCCCCAGAGUUAUUCGAAGACGAUGCGACAAGUACUCGAGAGUCCGAUAUAUAUGCGCUUGGAAUGGACCUGACCAAGAGUAUAGACUUUGCUCGUGGGUUUUUGACAGUGCGAGAGGUGAUGACCGGAAACAUUCCGUGGCACUGGAUAAGGAGUGAGGCAGCAAUUAUAAAGCGGGUUUGUUUACCGGGAGGCAAAUAUCCGCGCCCUGAUGAAAUUCCCGAAAAGAGCUGGGAUGGAGACAAGUUCUGGAAUCUACUGCUCGCUUGCUGGUCCUUUGAGUCGAGCGACCGUCCGAAUGCCAUCGAAGUAAAGAAGAGAGUGAGUGACUCGGAGAGCCGCCUAACCGAUGUCUACUUAUAG